UAUGCAUUCCAAACUCUACGGUCUCCGGCGGCACGCAACACUUCCCUCUUCUCCUCCUCCUAUAAACCACAUAAAUUCUUUCCCCCAAAUUAAUCGCUAAUCUUCUUCUCAAUCCUCUAUCCACUUUCCUAAUUCAGGUUCUUUCACCACCUUUUUCCUUUUUUAAUUUCUUCCAUGAUCAUCAUCAUCAUCACGUGUACUGUAUAUAGCCCUAGCUUUAAUCUUUAAGCUUCUUCUUUCGUUUCAAUUUGGUUAAGUUAACUGCCUUUUUUUUAAUUUUUCUGUGCAUAUUCUUCGAUUUCUGGAGUUCAUUUGUUAUAGAAUCGGACGUAUUUAAGCUGUUUGGUGUUGUAAUUUCUCAAUUCGGGUGAAUUUUGGGGAUUUCUGUUUCGGAUUUUGAUUGUUGUCGACCAAAGUUUGUAUCUUUAUUGUUGUUGUACCUUUCCCCCUUUUGGUGACAAUCAAGAAUAAUUAAUCUAGUUUUCCCACAAAAAGUGAUUCCUUCAAUUUAAUACUCAUCCGUUCACGGAAUCAAUCAAGUAAAUUAGGGUUUUCGAUUCCGCAAUUUUUAAGAGCUUCGCAAACUUGUAAUUUGAAGUCUGAAAAAUGCUCGAAUCAAUGGCUGCAACAUCCCUGUUAGGGCCUACACCAAUUUUAGGGCACCAUUGGAGACAGUCGUCAGGUAAACGGGUUUCAAUGAACCCUAAUCGCUUGUCCAAGGUUUACGCAAUCAAAGCUCAAGCAAUGGAGUUGACUAGAGAGAUCUACAAUUUCAAAGAAGAAGACAGAUUUCAGAAGAAUUCCGAUAACCAAUUCAACACUAACCAUAACCUAGACAGAAAACCAGGGUCAUGGCCUCCAAACAAUAAAGCAGAUAACCCAUCAUUACAAAACCCAUUACUUCGUCAACACCAAAUGGGCUGUGGCUGGUUAGGUGCCAUAUUCGAAUGGGAAGGAGUCUUGAUAGAAGACAACCCAGAUCUUGAAAAACAAUCAUGGCUUGCACUUUCACAAGAAGAAGGUAAAUCCCCACCUCCUGCUUUUCUCCUGAAAAGAAUCGAAGGCAUGAAGAACGAACAAGCAAUCUCAGAAGUCUUAUGUUGGUCAAGAGAUCCAUCUCAAUUGAAAAGAAUGUCAUCAAGAAAAGAAGAAAUCCAUCAAGCCCUACAAGGUGGAAUCUACAGAUUCCGUGAUGGGUCCCGCGAGUUUGUGAAUGUUCUAACACGUUACAACAUCCCAAUGGCUUUAGUCUCAACUCGGCCACGAAAGAAUCUUGAAGAAGCGAUUGGUGCAAUUGGGAUUAAUGGUGUUUUCAGUGUUGUGGUGACUUCUGAAGAUGUUUAUAGAGGGAAACCUGAUCCUGAAAUGUUCAUGUAUGCAGCUCAGUUGUUGAAGUUUAUACCUGAGAGAUGUAUUGUGUUUGGGAAUUCUAAUUUGAGCGUUGAAGCUGCUCAUGAUGCUAAAAUGAAGUGUGUGGCUGUGGCUAGUAAGCAUCCGGUUUAUGAGCUUAGUGCUGCUGACUUGGUGGUGAGGUGGCUUGAUGAGCUGUCGGUUGUUGAUUUGAAGAAUCUUGCUGAUGUGGAAACUGAAACUGAGGUGGAAAUGGAGUUGGAGGAGGGGAAUGUGCUUCCUUCUUCAAGGGUGGCUGUUGAUGAGCAUGAUGAUGAUGAUGAUUUGUGGUGAAUUGUGUUGGAUUUGUACAGUAGUUUUAUGGGUAUAGUGUUAAUUUGAAACGAUGGAACUGUGUAUUUGGUGUACUUUUUAUAGUUUAUAAAUGCGGGAAAUGGAAAAUGUAAAGUGGUAGUCUGAUUAGAUUACCGGUUAUAGCAUGGUGUAUGUAUCAUAUAAUAUGUGUUUAAUAUGUAUAUAUAUAAAUCUCUGAAUUUUCAAA